GUGGCGGGGAGGACGUGGCGGCCUUCCUGGUCCGGGUGCUGGAGGCGGAGAGGGAGCUAGGGCAGCAGCAGCAGCAGGCAGCGGGAGCGGCGGAGCCAACACCCGCAGCUGCCCCUACUGCUCUUCCUCCUGCUAGCCGUGAUUCUCCAGCUAGCACUGCCGCCGCCGCAGCAGCUGCAGCAGCUGCUGACUUCGCGAGCACCGGGGCGGAUGACGACGUCUCGGCAGCAGCCGCAGCAGCUGCCACGGCGGCUAGCGAUGCGGCUCCGCCCACUCCCGAGCGAGCAGCGGAGGGCGAGCUGACGACGGGGGGAGGGCAGUGCGUGUCGCCCCCCGCUGCGGGAGGCAAGGCGGCGGCUCGUGCUGCGCCCCCGCCGGCGGCAGUGACGGCGACGUCGGCGGUGCCGGUGGCGGCGGCACACAUGCAUGACGUCCUGUCCCCCGCCGGUCUGGGGGGGUCGCUGGGGAGCAGCAGGCAGAGCGGCUCCUCGAUUGCCCGGGGCGGCGGGGCGCAGCGGGGGCUGCUGGCGCUGCUGCUGGCGGCCGCGGCGCUGCUGCUGGCGCUGGCGGUGAUGUAGGGGGGCCCGCCCGGUCCUGCCUGGCUCAGUCCGGCGCCCGUUUGUGGGGCCUUCAUGGGUACCGGUGCCCCGGAGGGAGGCAACGCUGCCGACUGCUGUGCCGCCGAUGCGGGCGGGCGCCGGGGGGUUGUGUGAUCUUUUAGCGCAUGGAGGGAUGCAUGCAGGGCUGGUGUGAAGAGGCAGGUGUUGCAGGCAUCUUGAUUUCAUGCGGCUGCCCGUCCUUCCGCAGUUUGACGGGUGACGCUACCUUAAACGUGAAGGGGAGGACAGGUGUGCUGUCUAGCAGAGCAGUGGUUCGUUCCUUUCGUCUUGUUGACCUGGCUGAGCUUCGACGGCUCUGACGGCUGGCUGCCUUUGCCAUCGCUCGCGGGAGGGGCGGGGACUGACGGGUUGGCUUGACUGUUGCGGAGUUUGCAGUGGGACCGUUUGAGCUGACUGGUGACGCUGGCGAUGAUGAUGCAUAAUGAUGUUGCGACCUGCCAGGAGAGUACCGGGCUUGUAUUAGGCCUCUCCCACUUUACCGUUGCAGUGAGCGUUACUGUUCAGACACUGCCAGCUGUGCACCCGGGGGGAUUGAACUGACGGUGUGUGUAGGCCUGCAUCAUGCUUGAAGCGCUCCUAAUGUGUGAAUACGAGUGGCUACAUAGGUUGUUUGUACAGAGCGGUAAAAUCUUGAGGACGUGGGCAAGAUUGGCGGAAGGUUGGAAUGCAAACGUGUUAUGUUGUAAGUACCGUCGAGGAGAGUAAAUUUCCUUGUGCGGGCUAAGGAAAUGGUGGUUUGUUAAGUCUGUUGGUAGUUAGGCGCUGUACGGAGGCGCGUGCGAAGGGGCGUGGGGUCAGCGGGUUCAGACAUUCAUCUUGGGUACUUUUGCGUUGGCCGGUGGCUAGCGUUGUUGUCGAGCGGAGCUUCGGCACCACCACCUUACAGGGG